GCUGCGUCAACAACGCGCACUUCCAUUCGACAGCAUAGAACAGCAGCGACGUCACCUGCGACGACGACGAGAAAUUGUCUCGACCGCGCCUCGCAAAAAGUUCCCUUCUAAUACCACAUCGGAACGCUCAGAUUUUUGGUGUCCUGAAGCAACGCAUUCCGGUAGUAAUAAGAGUUAUCCAACGUAACAAGUACCAUAGAACCCAUUGCGUCCCAGGCAUCCUUCAGCAACACACCCACACACACACACGUCCUGUUAAAAUCGUAUAGAAUCAGCGGAGGAUAACCGGUGAUCGGCGACACCUUCAUAAGCGUACACGACUGACUCCCUCUCACUUUGCAAGCUUCGUUCUUGUUGCGCACCCCUAGGUCGGCAAUCCUUCUCGAUAGAGUCAUAAAACGAACGGUUACUCUCUGUGUUGGUGUGCUGGUUUGUGUUGCUUGUUCGUGUUCAUCCGCCAUAACAGCCAUGUUCCGCCUGUCCAGGUUUGCGGCCGCUGCUGGUGCCUCGAAGGGCGUGCCGCGCGCAGGAAAGGCCGCGCUGAAGCGUGUCGGUACGGCCGCCGGCGUGGUGAAGAAAGUGGGCGCAACCACCGCCUCGAGUACCAGUGGCACCAACCCCGCCUUCUUACGUCAGUACGCCGUCGCACCGGGCAACGAGGACGAUGACAUGGAGGAGAUGCCGCAGCGGGCGGCCACCCCGGUAGUGCAGCAGCACCAGCACCCGCAGCAACCGCCGCACCACCACGACCAGAGCGACAGUCACCACCGCGGUGGCGGCAAGUUGCACUUCGACGCGACCAAAGCGGGGUUGCAGCACGUGGACAAGGACUACGUAGAGCAAGUGAUCCAGGAGGCGUCGAAAGGGUCGGCCUUCUAUCAGAAGGAGCAGCGCCUGGAGGAGACGCGCCGUCGCAAGGCGGAGGAGUUGCAAACGAAGGCCAAGGGCUUCAACUCUCUCAGCGCCGCAGAGAUGCAGGCGCUGAGGAACAGGGUGAACACGCUCGAGGACGAGCUGGAGGCCACGCGUGACCUGCGCCGUCGCUACAUCCACAUCGACAUGGACAUGUUCUACGCCGCCGUCGAGGAGAAGAAGAAGCCCUCACUGCGCGGCAAACCGUUCGGCGUGGGCUCCAUGCAGAUGCUAUCCACCACGAACUACAUCGCCCGUCAGUACGGUGUGCGGUCUGGUAUGCCGGGCUUCAUCGGCAAGCGCCUGUGCCCGGAGCUCACUAUUGUGCCGAACGAUUUCCCGGCCUACAAGCGAGAAGCGGCCCGCGUGCACAGCAUCGCUUCCCGCUACGAUGCGCAGUUCGUCAGCGUGGGCUUGGACGAGCUGACGAUGGACGUGACGAAGUACCUGGGGGAGUUCCCUGCGGUUUCCGCCUCCGACAUCGCACACGACUUCCGCGACGAGGUCUUCUUGAAGACGCAGCUCACCAGCAGCGGCGGCAUUGGUCCUACGUCAAUCCUGGCGAAGAUCGCGAGCAACGUCAACAAACCCAACGGUCAGCACGAGAUCACCCUGCUCACGCGCGAGGACGUGAUGAACUACGUGAAGGACAUCCCCCUCCGUAAAAUCCCCGGCAUCGGCUACGCGCAGGAGCUCACCUUGGGGGCGUUGAACAUUCACACCUGUGGUGACCUGCUGCAGAACAAGUACUUGCUCGCCUACCUCUUUAAGGAGAAGACGUUCAUCCACUACCUCAGCGUCGGCCUUGGCGUGGCGGAGACCUUCUCGCAACGUCGGCACCACACCACGCAAUCGAUUGGGAAGGAAACGUCCUUCGCCGAGCCGCUGCCCUCACCGGAGGCCUUCACGAAGAUGUUUCGCACACUAAUGGAGGACUGCCACGCUCGCUGCGUACGCGAGCACCUCAAGCCGCGGCUGAUGAAACUGGUGCUGAAAUACCGCACCUACGACACCCAGCAGUUCAGCGUGCAGCUGCCCACCUACACGAAUGAUCUAAAACUGUGGAUUGAGGCGUCGCAGAAGCUGCUGGAGCCGCACCUGCUGCAGUACGGCGAGCUGCGCCUCGUCGGUGCGCGCAUGGAGAAGUUCGAGAACAGCGAAGGCGAGGAGCAGAACGGUAAGGACGGCUACACCGGCAUCCUCGGCAACAGCAUUGGCCUCCGAAUAAACAGUGACCAGUUCAGCGAAGAUUCGUACGGGGAGAAGGACCGCGACGGCGAUGACGCUCGCACGGCGUCCGAAGGGGAAGAUGGAGACGCGGCAGAGGAGAACGAUGAGGCGGAUGCUGCAUCGGAGGCUGCUGCUGCUGCAAGGUCUUCGGAGCCACACAAGAGAAAAACACCGAUUCCCGUUUCUAAAUUUCUGUCAAAGCCUGGGGCGGCACGAUCGUCGUCGACAGCGGAGAAGUCGGCGGCACUCACCAGGUCGGCGAAGUCAGCCGGCAAGCGCCUGAAGGCGUCUACGAGUGCCAUGAGGCGGAAGCUGCACAGGAAGAAGUAA